AUCUUGAACCCAAAUACCCGACUUUGCGAUAUAAAGCCCAUUGGACAUCUUGCUUUCCCAUCUAAAAGCGGUAUAACUUCAUGCGGUUCCACCUGCAUUGCCGUACUUUGUCUCCCAUCCAACACUGUCACAUGAAGCAACAAAAGGAAACACUCCGACAGGAACAAGACAUUGGCGACGGAGAAUUGCACAAGUCCCCAUCCCGCUCUCAGUCUUGUGCCCACUUUUCUCACCACCUUGCCCCGCCAAAAUCCUCCAAACUUUCCAAGGGACCAGCGGCAGUGGGGAGAAUGGCACUCGGCAGGCACCGCUCCCGACCGACAACCGUGAACCGACAAGUGGGACACGAUAACGCGAUUACCCACCCAUCGCCGGGCAGGGUUGCCGUCGUCUCCAGGGUUAUGCGUGCGGGUUCAGAAAGAUCCAGACAAGAUCCAGUCAAGAUCCAGCGAAAACAAUGCCGAUCAGGAGUUCCUUUUCAGAAAAAAAGAGUUCGAUUUUUCUGCCUUGCGCCGUCUUGGCGGACCCACCGGUACCAUCGCAUAACGCCACCCUCUGCUGACCGUUCGAGUGACAGCUGUCGCGCGCCUCCGGGAACUUGGGAACCCCUGAAGUCCGACCCAGAAAAGUCGUCCGUUCUUCAACACGCAAACCACGACUUCCCUUCCCGCGGAUCCUAUAACACCCGGACGGACCAGAACAACAACCCCUUUUUCCCUACCUACAUUAUUUCACUACUAUUGCCUUUUUAAUCUCCAGUCUGGUGCUUGAGGUUCCAGGCCCUCCUUUAUAAACUGUUCGAUAUCCCCGUUGCGAGGUAGCCCGUGUCUCGUCUUUCGACUGUUUUUGUUCUUUCACCGCCCAA